UUCUCCAAGGACUUUGGUCUGAGCUAAAAUCUCUGAUUUUCUCCAUGGACUUUGGUCUGAACUAAAAUCUCUGUUUUUCUCCAUGGACUUUGGUCCGUGGACUUAGACUCGGUGAUGACUCGGUGAUGUCAUCCAGCUUCUUCAGGUACGCUGAUGAUGAUGUCAGGAUUGACACCUGAAGACAAGUCGGACCAGCUCUGGACGCUCAGCAUCCAUGCGCACACACAAACACACAAACACACACACACACACCCUGCUGCACACAGCCUCAGACAUCGAGACUCGGUGACGGAGCUGCUCCUGGUGCCGGUCUUUACGGACCAGGCAGAUGUGGAUCUUCAGGUGCAGAGCAACCCGUGGUUCCUGGACCGUCCUCCUGGACUCAGAGAUCAGCUGUCAUGCGGUAGGGAAGCCGCGGGUUCUGGGUCACGACCGCCCUGAAGACGGCGCCGGUGCCAUGAGACCGAGGAGCGCUGGGAGUCUGCUGACGGUCCUGGUCCUGGUCCUGGUCCUGGUGUCGCUGCUUCAGUCCCAGGCUGCAGCUGAGGUCGGAACGCUGCCGGCCCCCAGCGGAGUCUCCAUCCAGUCCAUAGACAUGAGACACACACUGUGGUGGCGCCCCCUGGAGGUCACGUGCGACGCCGGGAUCCUGUACUCAGUGCAGUUUCAGGGAGAGUUUGAGUUGACCUUCUUGAACGGCCGUUGGUUGGACGCCACCGAGUGUCAGCUGACUCCUCGUACACACUGCGACCUGAGUUUGGACCUGGGGUCUGACUCCGACUACAACCUGCGGGUCAGGGCCCAGUGUGGGUCCCAUCUGUCGGACUGGGUGGUUCUGGACCAACCCUUCAACCGCAAACACACCGUCCUGACGAUGCCGACCAUCACGGUGUCAGUGGAGGGCCACGCCCUCAAGGUGGCGUUCGACAAACUUCCUGCUACUGCUGUCGUGAUACUAACAAUGUGGAGGAGCGACGGGGAACUGAAGACCGACGUUCACUCAGUUUCAGCCCAGCAGGCAGGGCACACUUUCACCGCCCUGCAGGUCGGAGCGGAGUACUGCGUCAGAGCUCAGACUGUGCUGGAGAACCAGCUGCAGAACAGCAGCACUGACGUGCACUGUCGGAUUAUACCAGUCUCUCUCUGUGUGAACAGAGAGUUUGAGUUGACCUUCUUGAACGGCCGUUGGUUGGACGCCACCGAGUGUCAGCUGACUCCUCGUACACACUGCGACCUGAGUUUGGACCUGGGGUCUGACUCCGACUACAACCUGCGGGUCAGGGCCCAGUGUGGGUCCCAUCUGUCGGACUGGGUGGUUCUGGACCAACCCUUCAACCGCAAACACACCGUCCUGACGAUGCCGACCAUCACGGUGUCAGUGGAGGGCCACGCCCUCAAGGUGGCGUUCGACAAACUUCCUGCUACUGCUGUCGUGAUACUAACAAUGUGGAGGAGCGACGGGGAACUGAAGACCGACGUUCACUCAGUUUCAGCCCAGCAGGCAGGGCACACUUUCACCGCCCUGCAGGUCGGAGCGGAGUACUGCGUCAGAGCUCAGACUGUGCUGGAGAACCAGCUGCAGAACAGCAGCACUGACGUGCACUGUCGGAUUAUACCAGGUCCAGAUGCAGCAGCUGGGUGGAGGACGCCCACCGCUGUGACCGGGACCACGUUGGCCUUGUUUGGACUCCUUUUUGCCGUCUUCUGGACCGUGGUCCACUGUGGUCCAGAUGUCUGCAAGACCUACUUCAAAAAAGAACCGCUGCCCACCGUUCUGCCGUCUGUCUGGGACGUCCAGACCCCCAUCAUCCGUCGGGACCAGGAAGUGUUCGACCACCUGCAGGUCAUGGAGCGGACGACGCCGACGUCGGACGACGCUGACGACCACUGUCUGAUACAUCAGCGCCACCUGCUGUUCAUCACCGACUCUGUGGAAAUCCAGUUCCUGGACUCGGUUCCUCAGUCUGGCACUCCCAAGAACUGCAUACUGGCUGCCCUCUAGCACCCCCAGCAGGACAGUGAUGUGACUGCAUCCAGCAGGAGUUCUUUUUUCAGUGAAGUUGGUUUGAAUCUGAUUGGUUUUGGGUUUGAAGACGAGCUCUUCACGUCAGGUCGGACUCUGUGGAACCGCACAGACCAAUCAAAACCAAACGAUGGAUCUGACGCAGUUUCCUCCGACGAGGACAAAUCUUCAUCACUGAACGCUGAGUUUCCUGUGAGGACGACGGACGACUCCACGUCCAACUCCACGUCCAACUCCACGUCCAACUCCACGUCCAACUCCACGUCCCUCAGCUUGUUCUUCAGCCCAGAGUGCGGUUGGUUCAGGACGGGUGUCCUGGAGGAUCGGACCGAGCUGGACAUCAGGUCCAACGAAGACCACCACGGUCAGCAGGGUGACCUUCAGGACGUGACCGUGGCGCU